GUGGGUAGCCCAGCUCUAGCUCAUAUUUUCACAAACAAAGAUUUGUUUAAUUUAAUAAAAACGCAAUUUGACGAAAGUGAAAACCUAACUACAUCUCGGCGACAAUGGGAGCUGUUUUGGGCCUUUGCUCGGCCGCCCAGUGCGCCAUGUGCUGCGGAGGCACUGCAGCCAGCAUGUGCUGCUCCGCCUGUCCCAGUUGCACCAACGCCUCCUCCUCGCGUUUCAUGUACGCCUUCAUCUUACUGGUUGGCACUGUUCUGGGGGCAAUUGCCCUGUCUCCAGGAUUGCAGGACACGUUGAAGAAGCUGCCUUUCUGCAUCAAUUCGACCUCCACGUACAGCUCCAAGACACUUGACACUUUUUCGGGAGGAUCUCUGCAAGUCGACUGCGAAUAUGCUCUGGGUUAUAUGGCUGUCUAUAGGAUUUGCUUUGGAAUGGCCUGCUUUUUCGCUUUAAUGUCGCUGAUUAUGCUGGGGGUGAAGAGCUCCAGGGAUCCGCGAUCCCACAUCCAGAACAACUUUUGGCCCCUGAAAUUCCUGAUCUGCUUUGGCGCUGCAAUUGGUGCGAUCUUCAUACCGGAUGGAUCCUUUGGUCCUGCCAUGAUGUGGGUGGGUCUUAUAGGUGGCCUGGCCUUCAUACUCGUACAGCUGGUCAUUAUUGUAGAUUUCGCGCAUUCGCUGGCGGAGAAUUGGAUAGAGAGCGCUGAAAACAGUCGUGGUUAUUAUUAUGCCUUAGCCGGGGUCACUCUCUUGGGUUAUAUCUUAUCGCUGACUGGGAUUACUCUGCUUUAUAUCUACUUCACCACUAGCACUGGCUGCGGCAUCAACAAGUUCUUUAUCUCCAUUAAUCUCAUCUUUUGUUUGGUGAUCAGCGUUAUAUCGAUUUUGCCAGCUGUGCAGGAGCGUUUGCCCCAUUCCGGUCUAUUGCAGAGCUCCUUGGUUACCUUAUACACGGUUUAUCUGACCUGGUCCGCAGUGGCCAACAAUCCGGAAAAAGAAUGCAAUCCCGGAAUGUUUGGAAUGAUGGAGGGUUUCGGCAAUGCCACCACCACUGUGGCUCCGCCCAGCCACAACUCCAGGGUUACUUUCGACACCACCAACAUCAUUGGACUGGUUGUGUGGCUUCUGUGCAUCCUCUACAACUGCAUCAGUUCGGCGGUGGAGGUUUCAAAGAUCACCCAUGAUAAUAGCGAGAAGCGUGUUUUAACAGAAGCUCUAUCAGACACAGAGGCCGGCCCGGAUGCCAAUGGAAAGCCGAGCACGGACAACGAGACCGAGGGCGUCACCUAUUCCUGGUCCAUGUUCCACGUGGUCUUCGUCUGCGCCUCGCUCUACGUUAUGAUGACCCUGACCAACUGGUACAAACCCAACUCGGAUAUUGAGCUGUUCAACGGCAACGAGGCUUCCAUGUGGGUUAAGAUCAUCUCCAGUUGGCUGGGUGUCUUCAUUUAUGGCUGGAGCCUUGCAGCCCCCAUAAUCCUCACAAAUCGCGACUUUAGUUAGGCGCUUUAAUUGUAUUAAUUGUCUAGGAAUGGUGCUUAACCGAGCAAAACGAGAAUGCCAAAAUGGAACGAAGAGAAAUUAGUUUCUGAAGCUAAUGAAGAUUAAUCAAACAUAAUUUUGACUCUUAUUGUGGUGUCACUCAUUGAUCUUAUUCUCAAAUUGCAAAAGUUAUUAAUAUAUAUAAAAAAUAAUCUAUCCGUAUUAAAUAUAUACAGAAUACAACAGAACUUAACCAAA